CCGGAAGGUGGAACAAUUACUGUACAGGGCGCAUCCUUUAGGACACCUUCCGAACACGAGCGUAUAAAUUCGGAACUCGCAACGCUUUGCAAAGUGUAUCCUGUAAGCCCUGUAACAGGGCCGGGUGCAGCAAGAUCCGUAUGGGAAUUAAGUCCCGAUCCCGACAUGGUCGGGCAUCUACCGAAUACUCCAAUUUCUAGCACUACUCAUCAAAGCCAAGGAUCAGCUAAAGGCUCUGAAUUACCAUCAAGAAAUGGUCCCGAUGACAAUAUUUAUACUGACGAAACUGCUCCAGGUCAAACACCAUCGGAUGAGACGAAACGAAUUUUCGAACUUCUUAGAUCCAGUGAAAUUGGAGCAGUCGAUGAGUUGGUAGAAAAGAACGGUUUAAGUGUAUUAAGUGCAAGGGAUGAAUGGGGAUAUACACCCGCUCAUUGGGCUGCUCUGGAUAGAAAUAUUGAAGUGAUGAGAUACUUAAUAGAACGAAAUGGACCAGUUGACCUUCCAUGUCUUGGAACUCAAGGACCAAGACCAAUACAUUGGGCUUGUCGGCAAGGUCAUAGUGCAAUAGUUCAGCUACUACUAAAGGCAGGGGUUGCUGUUAAUGCAGCAGAUUUUAAAGGUUUAACACCUCUCAUGACUGCAUGUAUGUUUGGAAGAUUUGUAACAGCAACAGUUUUAUUAGGAUCUGGUGCAUUAGGACAUUUAACAGAUAUAAAUGGAGACACUGCUCUUCAUUGGGCUGCAUAUAAAGGACAUGCAGAAUUAAUAAGAUUACUUAUGUAUAGUGGGGUAGAUUUACAAAAACCAGAUUACUUUGGAUCCACUCCACUCCACUUAGCAUGUCUUUCUAGAAAUGUCAGUUGUGUUAAAAUAUUAUGUGAGAAAAGCAAAAUCGAAUUAGAACCUCGUGACAAAAAUGGUAAAACACCGCUACAGUUAGCGAAAAGUCAUCGACAUUCAGAGAUUGUAAGAAUAUUACAGGCUGAACAAAAACGGCGAGCUAGAUGGAUUCCACCUAUUAAUGAACUUUGGGCGUUGCUAUUUGGUGGUGCUGGAAAUAGUAAAGGUCCUAUAUUACUAUUUAUGAUAUCUGUCCUUUUAUGGGGAUAUCCAAUGUAUUUAUUAAAAUGUAUUCCAUUAACAUGGAAUCUUUUACGUGGUAGUCAUUAUUGCUUUAUUUAUUGGAAUAUUGUUAUGUGGAUCUCAUGGAUUGUAGCAAACAGAAGAGAUCCUGGCUAUGUACCACAGAAUACUGAAACCUACUAUAGAGCAAUUAAACAGAUUCCAUAUUAUGAUAAGUGGAAAAAAAGGAAUGUAGUAUUAUCUCGUUUAUGUCAUAGUUGUAGAUGUUUUAGGCCUCUGAGAGCUAAACAUUGCAGAAUCUGUAAUAGAUGUGUUACAUACUUUGAUCAUCACUGUCCAUUUAUAUAUAAUUGUGUUGGUUUGAGAAACAGAAUGUGGUUCUUUCUUUUUGUUAUGUGUGUAGCAAUAAACUGUUCAUUUACUAUUUAUUUUGCUUGCUACUGUAUGGCAAUUGAAGGAAUCCAAUUAUUAUAUGUAUUAGGCAUAUUAGAAGCAUUAGUAUUCUGUGGACUUGGAUGGAUUUUGACAUGCACUUCACUACUGCAUGCAUGUAUGAAUUUAACUACAAAUGAAAUGUUCAAUUACAAACGAUAUUCGUAUUUAAGAGACAAGAAAGGAAGAUAUUUAAACCCCUUUAGUAGGGGUCCUGUACUUAAUUUUAUUGAAUUCUUUCUUUGUCCACCAAAUCAUCAAGCAAAUGAUCCUCAAAAUUAUCAUAUACUUUCAGAAGAUAUCAUGUAA